AUGUCGGCGGACUGUUGUUCUGGCAUUAAAUGCGAACCGGCAAAAGCGGAUAUCGCAGUGAUCGGUUUGGCGGUGAUGGGUCAGAAUCUCAUCCUCAAUAUGAACGACAAUGGAUUUAAGGUCUGCGCUUUCAAUCGAACCGUUUCGAAGGUUAGCAGUUUUCUGAACAAUGAAGCAAAAGGGACGAAAAUUAUUGGAGCGAACAGUCUGGAAGAAAUGGUGAACAAGUUAAAGAAUCCUCGUAUAGUUAUGCUAAUGGUGAAAGCGGGAAAGCCGGUGGAUGACUUUAUCGAGCUUCUUAUCCCACUUUUACAUGAACAUGAUAUCAUAAUCGACGGUGGAAACUCUUUCUACAAAGACACACAGCGUCGUUAUAAUUUGCUGAAAAAGCAUGGUAUGUACUUUGUUGGUUGCGGAGUUAGCGGUGGAGAAGAAGGCGCGAGGCAUGGACCUUCGCUCAUGCCUGGCGGAGCCGCUGAAGCCUGGCCUCACAUCAAGAACAUUUUUCAGUCGAUUGCUGCCAAAGUUAACAACGAACCCUGCUGUCAGUGGAUUGGGAAUGAUGGCGCUGGUCAUUACGUAAAAAUGGUUCACAAUGGCAUCGAGUACGGCGACAUGCAGCUCAUAUGCGAGUCGUAUCACUUUCUGCGCGAAGUGCAGAAUUUGUCACAUGACGAAAUGGCAGCGGUGUUCGAAAAAUGGAAUCAAGGCGAACUUGACUCUUUCCUGAUCGAAAUGACUGCACACAUACUGAAGUAUAAAGAUGUGGACGGAAAACCACUCGUCACUAAAAUACGCGAUUCGGCUGGUCAGAAAGGAACCGGAAAAUGGACAGCUGAAUCCGCUCUGGACAUGGGAGUUCCGGUGUCGUUAAUUGCGGAAGCCGUGUUCGCGCGUUGUUUGUCAGCGAUGAAGGAACGAGCUGAAGCGAGCAGCGUUUUGCCCCAACCCGCCUCGGCUCGUCCAACUGAAGGCUACACAGACCACGUGAAAGCGGUGCGUUCGAACGCAUUGUAUGCAUCUAAAAUCAUCUCCUAUGCACAAGGAUUUAUGUUACUGCAAAAAGCGGCGUCUUCUUUUGGCUGGAAUUUAAAUUUUUGCGAAAUAGCGAAGCUCUGGCGUGGUGGCUGCAUCAUUCGCAGUGCCUUUCUUAAACGUAUCAGCGAAGCUUAUUCGAGGAAUCCGAACCUCGACAACCUGCUAUUUGAUCAGUUUUUCUGUGACGCUAUUAAACGCUGUCAGUUUUCUCUGCGCAAAGUGGUCUCGGCAGCCGUUUUGUAUGGUUUGCCAGUCCCAGCGUUUUCUUCUGCAUUGGCGUUUUAUGAUGGACUGAGGUGCCCGACCCUUCCGGCAAACUUGAUCCAGGCCUUGCGGGACAAUUUCGGUGCUCAUACUUACGAAAGAAUUGACAACCCCGGAGUCUUCGUGCACACUGACUGGACAGGUCACGGAGGCCGGGUCGCCUCCAGUACCUAUUCACUUUAA